AUGGGUCGCGAAGAGCAGGUCGAAGAGCGAGAAGUUCUCGACUCGAUAUUUCCAGAGGAAAUUACAGAUAUAUCAGACACCUCCUACCGAAUAACUAUAACACUCGACCUCGACGAAGACGAAGAGAAUGAGAAGGCACCAACUCUUUUAUUACAAGUCUCUUAUCCAGAAGCAUAUCCUGAUGUGGCACCUGACCUCGAAAUACUAACACCACCGAAUUCCGCAAAACACACUCGCUUCGACUUACAAGAGGACAAAGCACAACUUAUGGAGGCAAUUCAACCUAGCAUCGAAGAGAACCUCGGCAUGGCAAUGAUAUUCACCUUAGUCAGUACGCUAAAGGAAGCGGCGGAGACAUUGAUAAUGGAGCGUGUAGCGUCUGAGAGACAAGCGCGCGAAAGAGAGAUUGCAGAAGCCGAGGAGGAAGAGAAUCGGAAAUUCCAGGGCACACUCGUCAACAAAGAGAGAUUCCUUGAGUGGAGAGAGAAAUUUAGGAAGGAGAUGGAGGAAGAAGAGCAGAGAGAACGGGAGGAGAAAGAGGCAGAAGAGAAGAAGAAAAAGCCGUCUGCUCGUGAGGAGCAAAAGCUUACAGGACGACAGCUCUGGGAGCGAGGUCUGGCUGGCAAGGGCGAUUAUGAUGAGGAGGGCGAAGAUGAGUUGCCGUCGGAAGCCGUCGAAAAGUUGCAAAUUUCAACAUAG